AUGGGAUGUCAACAAGAUUUGAGAGAGUCUUUUUCCCUUAAGGAGGGUUGUAGGCCUUUUAUUGGACUGGAUGGGUGUUUCUUGAAGACUCCUUAUAAUCAGAUUCUGCUUAAUGCUGUUGGUAGAGAUGGAGACAGCAGUUUUUAUCUCAUUGCACUUGCUGUUGUUGAAGCAGAGACUAAAGACAGCUGGGAUUGGUUCAUGGAGGAGUUAAUGGUUGUUAUUAGUCCCCACAAAGCAAUAACUUGGAUUUCAGACAGACAGAAGGGCUUGGUGGACACACUUGCAUCUUUGGAUGGUGGUCAAGAUCUCAGGUUUUGUGUUAGGCACUUGCAUGAGAACUUUAAGAAGAAAUAUCCAGGCAUGGAGUUGAAGCAAAUGGUGUGGAAUGCUGCAAAUGCAUUCAAUAAACCUGAGUUUGAGAAACAUAUGCAUAAUAUAAGGGAACUCAAUGGUGAGGCAUAUGACUGGUUGUGCAGAAUCCCAUUUAGGUUUUGGACCAAGUCUAAGUUCACAGAUGCUUCCAAGUGUUGUCUUAAUAGUAAUAAUAUGUGUGAAUCAUGGAAUUCACACAUAUUAAAGGCAAGAGACAAACCUAUCAUUACAAUGUUUGAGAUGAUUAGAAGGGGUUUAAUGUCAAGGUUUCAUGAGAGGAGGGAAUACAUGGAACAACAAAAAGGGCUCUUGUGUCCAGCUGCAAAGGCUAAAGUGUUGGCAAACAAGAAGGAAUCAAAGAAUUGUGUAGUAUAUUUUUCUUCACUAUCUUGUUAUGAUGUCCAAGAUGAGAUUGACAAUGAGUCUGUAAAUCUACAAGAGAUAAGUUGUACAUGCGGGGAAUGGAAUGUCACAGGUAUCCCAUGCAAGCAUGCCAUUGCUGUUAUGACUAAGAAAAAACUACCUAUUGAAGAAUAUGUUGAUGCCUACCACCAUAGGUCAACAUUUUUGAAGGGAUAUGCAUUCGAGAUCAAUCCAUUGGUCCUUAGGCACAUGAAGAAACUGUCACUUGUGCCUUUAAUCUUUCCAAUAACUAGGAAACCUCCUGGAAGGCCAAAGAAAGCAAGAAUGAAAGUUCAUAGUGAAGAGGGACUGGGGGAGGAAGAGCAGCAGGAACAACACAAGGAAGAGGUGAUGGGACUGUUAGAGGGAUUGGGAGAGGAAGAGCAGCAGGAACAACACAAGGAAGAGGUAAUGGGACUUUUAGAAGGACUAAGAGAGGAAAAACAGUUAUUAAUGUUACACAAUCUCAAAUUGUUGACAUACCUACUCUCCUAUCACAAGCAACCCAAGACAGCCAAGACUGGUGGUAUUAGGUCAUUACUUGUUGGCCAGUUUGCAGGGACUAUUAAUGGAUUUUGGUAUCUCAGCAAUAUAUGCAGGACUGUGUAG